ACGCAAGAACGAAGCAGACACAAAACCCGCGCAGAUAGAAUGGCCCAGCCACAGACUGCGCCUCUCAGCGAAACUCAACCACAAGAGGAACCCAUUCACCCCCUCCACCAAGUCUCCCAGGCCCAACCCAUCCAGUACUGGCUUGGCCGCUUCGUCACCCUAACUAAUGCCUUCCACUACGAAGACUCCUUCAACCAGCCCGACACCACGACGGGAUUUGGCAUGCUCUCGUGUUAUUCGCGUCCAGACGGGAUUGCGGAGAGGAAUUUGGCAAACUACCGGGUUAAAAGGGCGUUUAUGGUGUUGGAAAAUGCGUGUUUGACGGAGGAGGCGAGUCGGAGUUUGGGGGCAUUUCGGAGUGAGUAUAUUGGUGUGAAGGGUGAUCGGUGGAUGGGUUGAUGCUGCGCUGUUCUCAGAUGGACUAUAUGGGAUGGUUUGAGUAGGGCUUUGCUCUCACGUUUUCGGGCAUAAUUUUUGCGAAAUGUACUGCGAAAUUUCUGGCUUGAAUUGCGCAGGUGCGGGUUGUACCAAAAGCACAGAAUGUGUUAAGUAACAUUUAAUAUCCAUGUA